AUCACUUUCUCGGCAACGAUAUCCGUUGUCUACAAGCAGACAAUUGCUGAUAAUUUGCUGUUUAUCAUGUUGAUGAUGCGAGACACCGAUGAAGGCCGUGUCUGGGCAGAUUUUUAUGGUUGAUGCUGUGAACAGCAAAAGAUUUCAUUGGAACUUCAGUGGCUAGCUGUAUUCAUAUAUACAGUAGUGUCUUCAUCGAUGCUUUGUCUCUGUUACAUUAGUUACUGCCACUCGUCCUUUCGAGUCCAAACAGCUGUAAUUCCCUACCAUGGCAGACUUAGCAGAACUGAUUAUGCGGGGACCUCAAUUAGGUACCAUGUUUGCUAUGGUGCUAUAUGGUAUCACAUGCAUGCAGACCUUUCUAUAUUACCGGAAUUACCCCGAGGACAGAUGGGGCGUUAAGUUGACUGUUGCUGUUGUUUGGAUACUGGAAAGUGCUCACUCAGGAAUGGCGGUCGCUUCCAUGGAUUAUUAUCUCAUCGUAAAUUUCUCGGAUAGUGAUGUCAUACUGUCUAUUAGCCACCUUAUGUCGGUGACAUACAUUAUCGGGUUUUUGAAUAUCUUUGUUGUAAACCUGUACUACGCUUGGCGAAUAUGGACCCUUAGUAUGAAGCUGUAUAUCCCAAUAUUAUUGGUCAUUUUAGCUAUGAUUCGUUAUAGUCUGACCUUGGCAGUUUGUGCAUAUAGCAUAAUAUAUAGACAGUCUUGGCUGACUUUCAGGGAGCAUGCCGGUUCAUAUGUCUAUGGAUGCUUUGCAAUGGGCAUUGUAUCUGAUACGGCAAGUGCGGCAAUCCUAGCUUAUUUCCUGCACAUGCAAUGUCCGACUUCAAGCCUUAAAAGGACCAGACGCCUUAUCGACCAGUUGCUUUUUUAUGCCAUUGGUGCUGGUGUGGCAGCAGUCUUAUUUGACAUCUUAGAGAUGAUAGUGGCAUGGCUCGAUGGAAACUCAUCUAAGGCCGCUAGUACUGAUCCGUUUGGUAACUCGAGUUAUGAGACUAAUAUGUCGAACAGCUUGAAUGUAAGACAUCACCAGGUCAAAACAGUGACACAAGGCCCUUUGGUGGACCAUUUUAGCAGCGUGUUGGCUGUCGAUCCCAUCCUUUCUUCCGAGCAAUCUUCCGGGCCUAACUUUGCGCUAAAGGCUACUGAACUGCGUAUUUGA